AUGCCCGCCGCGGACCCGUCCACCUACCCUCGCCCGCCCGUCCCCCCUCCCCGCUGGACCUCCUACGAUGCCUCGCGCAUCUCGUCCCUCGUCGACUCGACCCUUGCCGACGCCAACUCCUUCCUCGACUCGCUUGUCGCCGUCCCGAAGGAGCAGCGGACCUUUGAGUCGAUCGUCCGCCCUCUCGCGAUCAAGAUGGGCGAAGUGGACCGCGAGAUCGAGCCUGGCCUCUUCAUGCAAUAUGUCCAUCCUUCGAAAGAGAUUCGUGAUGCGUCGGUCGAGGCGGACAAGAAGGCGCAGGAGUGGAGCCUCGAGAUGUUGACCCGUCUCGACAUCUAUGAGGCCCUGCUCGAUGCGCAGGCGCACACUGAGAAGGAGGGCGUCAAGCUCAACGAUGAGGAGAAGCGGUUACUGGAACGCCUCGUCCUGGAGCGGAAGAGGAACGGUCUCGGCUUGUCGGCGGAGAAGCGGAAGGAGUACCUCGAGCUCAAGAAGAAGAUCAUGGGCCUCGAGAUCGAGUUCCAGCGGGCGUGUAAUGAGGAGAACGGCUUCCUGCUGUUCACGAAGGAGGAGCUUGAGGGCGUCCCAGCAGACGUGCUGUCCGGCUACGAUGAGGUCGAGGAGGGCGGCGUCAAGAAGCUCAAGGUGACGCACAAGACGCCCGACAUCACGCCCAUCUUCAAGUACGCCGCCAACGCCGAAACUCGCAAGCGCGCCAACCUCUCGUACGAGGCAAAGACGCUCGCGAACGCAUCGGUCCUGAGCGACAUCGUCAAGCUGCGGCACGAGGCGGCGCAGCUCCUCGGUUACAAGAACCACGCCGAGUGGGUUCUCGAGGUCAAGAUGGCGAAGAAGCCGUCUGAGGUGCACGCGUUCCUCGAAGACCUCGAGUCGAAGCUCCGCCCGCUCGGUCUCAAGGAGCGCGAGACACUCCUUGCCCUGAAGAAGGAGGAAUGCGAACAGCGCGGCUGGCCGUUCGACGGCAAGUUCAACCUCUGGGACUACCGCUAUUACGAUCGCCUGCACGUCGAAAAGACGCUGGACCUCGACGACAACCUCGUCAAGGAGUACUUCCCCGUCUCGCACAUCGUCCCGGCCAUCCUCGACGUCUACAAGGAGCUUCUCGGCGUCGAGCUCAUCCCCGUACCGAAGACGGGAGAGGCGGGAGGCGAGACCUGGCACGCGGACGCCGACAUGUACGCCGUCUGGGAGGCCGGUCAGGCAGGUAAGGACGGCGCCUUCCUCGGAUACAUGCACCUCGACCUCUUCCCUCGCGCCAACAAGUACGGCCACGCGGCCGUCUUCCCCCUCCUUCCCGCCUAUACUUCGCCCGAACACGGCCGCCAGUACCCUGUCGUCGCGAUGGUCGCCAACUUGUCGAAGCCGACGCCCGGUCGUCCGGCGACGAUGAAGCAUGGCGACGUCGUCACGUUCUUCCACGAGGCGGGACAUGCGUACCACGGCCUGCUGUCGAAGACUAAGUUUGCGCGCUUCCACGGUACCGCUGUCGCACGCGACUUCGUCGAGGCGCCUUCGCAGAUGCUUGAAAACUGGUGCUGGGAGCCUCACGUCCUCCGGAUGAUCUCGUCGCACUACGAAACGGGCAAGAGCCUGCCGCAAGACCUCAUCGAGAAGCUUAUCAAGUCGCGCACGGUCGGGCAAGGCUUGUUCAACCUCCGCCAGCUCUUCUUCGGCAAGUACGACAUGGCGCUUCACACGGACAAGUACAACCUCUCGCCGGACGAGAUGAGCAAGCUGUGGUGCGACCUGCGCGAGGAGACGAGCUUGGUGACCAUUGGGGACGAAGUCGUCGGCGGACAGUCCGGCUUCGCACACAUCGCAGGCGGCUACUCGGCAGGAUACUACGGCUACCUCUGGUCGCAAGUUUUCAGCGCCGACAUGUACGAGACGGUCUUCUCGAAGGACCCGAUGAGCAAGGAGGGCGGUCAGCGGUACCGCAAGGAGAUCCUGCAGCCCGGUGGCUCGCGCGACGAGAUGGACUCGCUGGUCAAGUUCCUCGGACGCAAGCCCACGAACGACGCGUUCCUCAAGAGUCUGCUCGGUUAG